AUGCGUUGGAUACCCGUUUUGUUGCUAUGGACGCUGUACGUGGAUGUCCAGAGUGUACAGGUUCAGGUAGAUCGACCAGUCUACGCAGAAUUACUACGGGUGGCGCCUGGGAAUCCAGGAUCUGCCGACGCGCUAGUUUCCUGGUCAGCUUUUGAUAAUGCGCUCGAAGCCACAGGAGGGACUGUUAGUGUCCAAGCGUAUGAAGUUCAGUAUGCAGUGUCUGGAUCUGGCGUCUGGCAGUCGCUGGGCGAUUCACUGACCGGUUUUCGAGUCGAUUUGGGUGCUCAAGCCACAGAACAAGUUCCCAAACAACGUAUUUUCACUCGUGCAGACGCUGGAGAGACCAUCAACGACGGAUAUUUCAGACUCACGCUCUCAUACGAAGGAUCCAGCCAAAGUAUCAUGGGCGGACGAGCGACGACUGGCGUAGUGACGCCUCCGAUCGCUUUUGACGCCAGUGAUGACACUAUGAAGGCUGCGAUUGAGUCUCUGGAGCAGAUCACAAAGGUGCAGGUCGAGCGGAAUGCGCUGGAUGCGAAUGGAGCGAUCGAGUGGAUAAUUCUCUUUGAUGUCGUGACAUACGACGGUGAAGAUCCGUUGCCGUUGCUUUCGUUGUAUACUGAGACGCUGGCAGCUCAAUGGACUGGAGACGGAGACCAGGUAGCUGUUCAAUACGUGCGAAUGGCUCCAAGUUCUCCUGACCAACAUCGUCGUAUUUGCUCGGAUGAAUGCAGCUUCGAGGUCACGGGACUGCAGACUGGUAAAGCCUUCACCUUCCGUGUUCGAGCGCAGUAUUCGUACAACAUUGGCUGGAGUUCAUGGAGUGCAAGCAGUGAGCCACUGGAGAUCCCAGCGACACGACUGCCGCGAGCUCCUUCAGCCCCAGAGUUACUAGGUGCAACAACUAAUCAUGUUACGAUCUUGUGGCGUAUGCGUCGUGAUCUUACGCAAGAGAACGGCAUCUUUGCGAAGGAAUUAUUCCCCGUUACAAGCUUCCAUACUCAGCAACAGUGUGACAGCGAAAUCGGCUGGACUACGAUCAGUGAGCGUGUAACACCGGGGUUUAGUGGCAACAGCGAUACGUUUACUACUGCCGUUGCGUCCUUGGAGCGUCCACCAGGGUCUACGUGUGUGUUUCGAGUAGCAGCGACGAAUGUCAAUGGCCAAGGUCCAUACAGUUCGCCUUCAGCAAAGUUCACCACGUUUCGAACAGCUCCAGGUCCUGUUUUAAACUUACAUGUACGUCGAGAUCCACUAACUAUCGUCUGGGAUACACCUGAAUCCUUGGGAGGACAUACGCUGGAAGAUCUUACGUACGAUGUGGAAUACCGCAAAACUCUUAGCUCUACGUGGACGCGAUUGCCAGCACAGUUGGUCGAUAACAGCAAUCGAGUUGCUAACAUUUCAGUGGCGUCAUUGAAAGAAUACACAACGUACGUCGCUCGUGUUAGAGCGGUAGCUGAACGUCAAGCUGGUAGCUUCUCUCAGUCCGCGGAGUUCUUAACAGGCUACACAGUGGAAGACGAAUCAAGCUCCAACAACAAGGAUUUGACUCUCGGAACAAGACAAGUGGUGAUUGCUGCUUCUCGUCAGCAUAGCGCUAACAAUCAGGACUGGUACUACGUUCAGUUAACUGGAAAUGGCGGUAGUGGGGGUUCUACCAGUGGUAAUCAAGCCAAACCAGGUGAGAACGGAGCUGUUCUCGUGUUCCCAGUCACGUGGUCGGGUGAAAGACUCGCUGAGCGUUCGUUCUUCUUCACAGGAGGUAUUCAAUCAUACCAAGUCCCAAUUGAACAGUACGCCACUCAUCUUGCGCAACGGAUUGUUGCGCUUGAUAUCUAUGCUUGGGGUGCUGGAGGAGCUGGCGCGAGGUCUUCAAAUGGAGCGUCAAGCGACUUGAGCAACGGUGGGGGUGGCGCCUUUGCGCGUGGACUUAUUCGUGUUGAUGCUGGUGAUGUUGUGGACAUUUUAGUCGGUGGUGGAGGCCAUGAAGACGGUCGUGGUGGGUUUAACGGUGGCGGUAACGGCGGUACAGGCGAUUUCCCAGGUGGCGGAGGCGGAGGAGCUUCAGAAGUGCGAGUCAAUGGCCGUGUCGUCCUCGUAGCGGCUGGAGGUGGCGGUGCUGGAUCGACAGAUUAUUGUUGUGCCCAUGGAGGAGGAGGCGGCGGCGUGAAUCAGGCAGAAUCUGGUCUAGCGGCUGGUGCUACAACGAUUCCGCUGGACUUAAGUGUGACUGGACAAGCAGCUCGAGACGAGUAUCAUUCCUUUAAUGUACCAGGAGAUACGCGAGAUUUCGAGGGCCUUCCAGCAAGACAUCAGCAUCUUGACUGGGGCUUUGCUGCGAGUAGUGCAGACUACUCCAUGCUAGCAAGUGGAGGCACGGGAGCCACGCCAACGACUGCAGGAGUAGCUGGGACUGCAGGUUCAUAUUAUUAUUCUCUCGAAGGCAAGUGUCUUCUGAACCCGAGGACGUCGCUGGUGGACGUCGUAGUGACUCCGUUGACAGCAGCACAUUGGCCUACUAAUGGUCAACGAGGACGUGGAGGUAGUGGCCAGAGUGGGAAGCAAGCAGGUGGGGGCGGAGGCGGAGGAUUCUUUGGUGGAGGAGGUGGAGGCGCAGGUGUCGACGGAGCUGGUGGCGGUGGGGGGAGCAGCUUCGUCUCCUUUAUUGACCUGUUUAAUGCCUCCAAAACUGGUCUCAGUGACGCUAGUUUGCGACCGCGAGUGGUUGGGGAAGCAGUUCAGCAGCUUACAGUGUCUCCGGUGACAUCCUCGAGCGUCAGUGUGAGCUGGAAAGCUCCUCGUUAUGGCUUCUCACAGCUGGUUGAAGGGUUCGUAGUCGAGAUGGCUAAUCGCUCAGCGAGCGAAGACUUUCGUCUCGUACGUUUGGUCACUCUUCCACAUGCUGACAUCAAGGAAAACAGCGGUACAGUUACAGUUCACGGUCUUGUUCCGAUGGCUGCGUAUCGACUUCGGGUCAAACCUUUGCUGCUUGAUGGACGUGGCACUUACAGUGAUAUUGUCACGUUACGUAUGCCUUCGAAGCCGAAAAAUACGUGGAAACGCUGCGUUACUCGAGCUGCAGACGAAGAGAACACAAGAGCUGGGAUGCGCUUCACCAACACUCCCCCGUUGCAACGACUGCCGUCUGCUAGACGAGGACAUUCACUCACAGUUAUGGACAAUUGUCUGUAUCUCUUUGGAGGAAUGGCGAAGAGUUACGAGUGCAAUCGAGCACUCAAAGUGCCGUGUUUACUGCAGAAACACUCACGAUCUGUGUCCAAUGAACUCUGGCGAUAUGAUCUGCUCACUGAGACGUGGUGGUCAGUGCCUCAGUCAGCGUUGGUACCGCCGCCAAGAGAGAAACACUCGAUGGUUGUGGUUAACAACCGCUUGAUCCUCUUCGGAGGACGGCAGAAUGACGUCUUUGACGUUAAUGAUGCGUCGACAUGGGGACCACGAGCUCUGAAUGAUCUUUGGGAGCUGUCGAUAUCGUCCACCACCGCAAAACAGACUUCAGUGUCGCUGGAUUCUCGUCAACCAGCGACUCUGUCUAUUCCAGAUGGAGGGGAAGUCUUCGCACUUGGUAGAAAGAGUCUUAGUGCUAGUGGCGAGCAACUCUGCGUUGUCAACGUGUCUGUAACUGUACAGAUAACACACGCGUGCCCUCACACGCUACGUUUGCAGUUAUUUGGACCAGGACCAGCAACGUUCCCAGGACGACAGCAGAGUCUUCAUUUCCCUGCCGAUUCACAAGCUCGAGAGACGACGUGGAGUAAUAGUCAAGGACUGAAGAGCCUUCAAGGAGAUCAAAGAGCGACUGGCACUGCGCCGAACACUAGAGCGUUUCCUGUGCUGCUGCAUAGUCCAGAAGCAACAGAAAAGACGAAAUGUACUCCUGGAACUGAGAAACUGAGCUUCGUGUCGACUGUGGGAGUGUCGGGGACUUCAUUGGAAGCUCUUUCGGUCUUCCAUCAGCUGCCAGUUGCUGGGAAUUGGACUCUUGAACUGACUGACACUGCAGCGGAUGGCUUAGUCGGGACUCUUGACUCGUGGGACGUCAUAUUUGAUGUUGCUCCUUGCGUUCCGGCCUUCACGUGGACAAAUCUAUCGCCCAUAGCGAUGGGAACAGCUCCAAGCGCGAGGUUCCAGCACUCGGUUGUCGUGUUCGAAAGCAGUAUGUUCGUCUUCGGAGGCUCAGCGGGAGGUACUGGCUUGGAGCUGAGCGACUUGUAUCGACUGGAUUACACCCCCAGUGUGGCGUUCGGUGUCGCUCCGACUGCCCGAUGGACGCAGCUAGCGUCUCUGACCGAUAGUGAAAGCCCCAGUAUCGCUGAGAGGAGAGCUCAUGCAGGACGUGCUACGUUGCUCACCCCGUAUGAACUGAUGGCUGUCGGUCGUGGAUUGAAGCCUCCUCGACGAGCGUCACUAGGCUCGAGUAAGGCGCUACCAGCUUCUUGCUUUGAAUCACAACUCGACAUUCGUUUGAAGCGCCUUGAAGACAUGAUCGACGGGUGGAAUACGGUUGCUACGACGUCUGAAGAUGAGAUAAGCCCUAUGAACGAACAACGUCCAGUGCCUCGAUACUGGGGAGCUAGCGCCUUUGUCUUCUCACCACCAGGCAAUAGCGUGCCGUGUGUAUUUCUCUUCGGUGGACAAGAUGACACGACGUUGCUAAAUGACCUCUGGAGUCUGGAAUUGGCUCAACUGGAUGAGCAUUUCUCUCGAGAUCGUUUACAUGCCAAACGGAUCAGAGCGUGUGCAUGGAGACAAGAAAACUCAGCAUAUAGGGCACAGUGGACAGCUUCUUGUGGAGCAAGUAGUACCGCCGCUGCAGUGAGCAAAUGUACGCUGGAAAUGCUGCUGUUCUACGCUUGGUGCGAGGAGUUUUAUCAGUCAAUAGCACUCUAA